AUGCACAUUUCUUUGCAACUCACACUUCUCUUUGCACUUUCAAGUCUUGCAAUUCUCCCCAACCCAAGAGUCACUGCCAUUCAAGAGGGAGAGGAAGAGGGAAUGGAUUUGAGUGAACUGAGAAAAACAGUGGAGGAGGUUGAAGUGGUGGAUGGUCACUCGCACAACAUAGUUGCGCUUGACUCAAACUCCAUCUCCAAUGGCUUUGCCCAGGCCUUUACUGUGGGAGCCUUUGGUGAUCCUGAUGCCAUUGCUUUUGCACAAACCUCUCUAUCCUUCAAGAGAGGUUUGAGAGAUGUUGCUGAGCUAUACGGAACCGAGGUGUCUUUGGAAGGUGUAGAAGAAUACCGUAGAGUGUCUGGACUAGAAGCCAUCACCUCAACAUGCUUCAAAGCAGCAAAAGUCUCUGCCAUACUAAUAGAUGAUGGCAUAGAAAUGGACAAAAAGAAUGAAAUAGAAUGGCACAAGACUUUUGCACCUUUUGUUGGCAGAAUCUUAAGAACUGAACGAGUGGCUGAGCAAAUCCUUGAACAACUUAAGAAAGAUCAAUGUUUAGCUGGGUUCCUUAGCAUCACUGUUACAGUUGCUAAAGAGAUCUAUGCUUUGAAAAGCAUAGUUGCAUAUUACGGUGGCCUAGAAAUCAAUUUAAAUGUGACUAAAACUGAUGCAGAGGAGAGUCUGAGACAGGUGUUAAUAAAUGGUGAGUUUGAACUUUGGAAUCUUGUUGACUACCUCUUCUUGCAAAGUUUGGAAUUUGCUCUAUCUUAUGACUUGCCAAUGCAGAUACACACAGGCUUUGGAGAUAGACUUUUAGAUUUGAGGAAGUCCAAUCCUCUUCAUUUCCGUUCAGUUCUUGAGGACAAGAGAUAUGCAAAGUGUCGGUUUGUUUUUCUACAUGCAUCUCAUCCAUUCUCAAAGGAUGCAUCAUAUCUAGCUUCUAUUUACUCUCAGGUUUACCUCGAUUUUGGGCUGGCAAUUCCAAAGCUUAGUACUCCUGGGAUGAUUUCAGCGCUUAAAGAUCUACUAAAUCUGGCUCCACUAAAGAAGGUGAUGUUCAGCAGUGACGGCCAUACAUUUCCUGAAAGCUUCUACAUAGGUGCAAAGAAUUCCCGGGAAGUUGUUUUCUCUGUUCUACGUGAUGCAUGCAUUGAUGGUGAUCUCUUAAUUCCUGAGGCUGUGGAAGCUGCAAAAGACUUGUUUGCAAGAAAUUCAAUCCGCUUCUACAAGAUUAGUUCUGCCAACAUCACUGCCCCUUAG